AUGGCGACUCUCUUCACUGCGACGGUUCCUUCCCACCACCGUUUCUUGUCUCCUUCCCAACAUCCGAAACAGAAUCUUCAAUCUCAGCCUCAAAGCGUCGCCUUUACUGAGAAUCCGGCACCGGAGCCGGUCACAUUGCAGCAGGAGAUGACGGAUUGGGUCUCUUCUCCGGUGACACGACGGUUCGGAAUCGGCGCCGGAUUUGCCUUGACGGGGUUUGCGGCUUUCGGCGUCGUCUCCGACCAGACGAAGUCAAGAUUCGAGAUGUUACAGGAAGACGAUAACUCAAGAGGUUUAGAAAUGCAAGAAGAGAUCAUCUUACCAAACGGCAUAAGGUACUAUGAUCUACAAGUUGGAAGUGGAGCUACACCAAGUUCAGGAUACUUAGUAGUGUUUGAUGUAAAGGGACGAGUACGUGGAACCGAACAAGUAUUCGUAGACACAUUUGGAAGCAAAGACAAGAAGAAGAAGUCACUAGCUAUGGUAAUGGACUCAAGACCAUAUAGCAAAGGACUAUGCCAAGGCAUAGAGUACGUUCUGAGGUCAAUGAAAGCUGGUGGUAAACGUAGAGUGAUAAUCCCACCGUCUUUAGGAUUCGGAGAUAAAAAUGUCGAAUUCGGACUGGGUUUGCAGAUUCCUCCAUCUUCAACACUUGAUUAUCUCAUCGAGGUUGAUACAGUCUAUUGUUUCCAAUCUAUUGUAUGA